AGGCUCAGGAGCGCUACGACUAGCAGUUCAGGGGGAUCCCGGCGACGCCGGCGCCGCCGAUCCGAUUCGGGGCGUUCGCGGCGGAGGCGGCCUUCCGGUGAGCGUUCCAGGAAGCGUUCGCGUCGCCAGUCCCGGGGGAGGUCUCCGACGCGGUCCCCAGUCUGGCCCUGGUCUCCCAGCGGCCCCGGGCGCGCCGCAGCAGCGGAGGCAGCGGCUGGGCGCUACCCGGCACAGUCUUCCAAGGCUUUGCGGGGGUUUUUGGCUUUGCACUGCCCGCCGGGCACAGAGGCGCUGCAGCUCCAGGUUGCGGAGGGGCUCCGGGGCACGAGCCUCAGCACCGACUGGCAACUCGAGGUCGCUCCGUCAGAGCUCCUCCAGCACGUGUUCCCGCCCGCGACAAAGGUUGCGGAACUCACGUUGUGCCUGCACGCGCAGCAGUCGGCAGCCCGGGCUGCGGCAGCGAAGUUGCCCUCUCUUGCGAAGCACGUGGGGAAGGCCGUCAACAGGGGACAGAAGAGAGGGGGGCGCGACCCUUCCAGCAGCAGCACGAGCUCAGACAACAAGGAGUUCGAUGCGGCUGCGUGCUUCAAGGCAUACGGCCUCCCAGACGUGAAGCACGGCCGCACAGCGUCCUCCGGGCUCUGGCGGCCAAGGCGCGCAAAGCAGCCAGGCGCUGCCGCGUCUUCGUCGUAGGCGGGGCGAUGCCGAAGUGGUGUCCGCAGCGGAUGGGGGACAAGCACAAACCCCGUCCAGGCGACAUCACCCACGCGCAGUGGACUGCGCUCUGGUGGUCUCGCGCCUUGGCCCAGCUGACAGUGCAGGCGCACUCGGGCCGCGAAGCGCUCACGGUCCAGUCGCUGUUGUCGGCGCUCUUUAACGCCAGCCGCAUGGCGGUGGAGGACACGGCCAGGGUCGCCAACGACUGCGACACCACGUUGCGGGACGACAUUGCGGAGCGCACGCUUCGCAGGAACGAGACGUGUCAGCCGCAGGCCAUGCUCAUGUCCGUGGGCGAGAACCGCCGGGCGCGCGCGCAGAAAGCGGCUAACGCGGCCGCGGCGGCCCGCCAGCAGCAGGGCGCUCCGGGCGGCGGCAAGGGCGGCUACAAGGGGCAGCCAGCCUUCCGCCAGCCCCAGGCGGCGAAGCCGCCGCCCCCGCCGGCGCCCGCCCGCAAGGGGGCCAAGGGAGGCGGCAAACGCAAUUGGUGAGAUCCGACCGAGAUGGAUUGGUUGGCCGCGAAUGAGAGCGAUGAGCAAUCGUUUGACAGCGAGUCGGCUGAUUCGGACACGGUCGGGUUGCAGCCAGCGCAGCCGAGCGUGAGGGAGGCAUGGUCGCAUUUAGAGGUUUCUUGGGCGCAGUUCGGGGAGCAGGAUUUUUUGCGUGGGGCCCGUGCAAUCACCUUGCGCCAGAGCAGCUUCUGAAUCAGCCUGAAUUAACCGAGCACCCGCUGCUUUUGCAUCGAAGGACAGAGUUCGCUCUGCAGCACUGGAGAGCAGAAA